AUGGCGGACGAGAUAGCUCAGUUGAUCGAAACGAAGUGUCUGUUUUGUUCGGUAGAAGGGUAACCCAGGCUGUCUAGAACGAUUACAGAGGUAUUUUUUUUAACAUGAUUUGUAUUUUUAUACAGAUUUUUAACUGAUUAGGAAUUGAAGAAAGCUCUUUUUCUAAAUAAUUUAAGUUUGAGCUAUUCUGCUUAUGUAACGGAAGAUAUCUGUCUGCCGUUAGAUCAUUUAGUGAUUGAAUGAAAAAAGAUCAAGGGAGAAAAAAACUCAGCUACCUUGUGCAGGUGGCGUGUAUAAGGGAAUCUUUAUAAUUCUCUCUAACAUUUAAUCUGGGAAAGAAAGAACAUAAAGAAACCUGACUCUUUGGCUUACAGAAGACGACCGUGUGGCAAUAUUUGGCAGGCUAAACUCGAUAUAUACAUCUAUGAUAGUAACGAGAUAUGGAUGGAAUGGUAAAGAGAAAUCGAAGGAAACUCUUAAAUUAGGGAUAUAUUAAAGAAUGUAGGGCCGCUUAUAUAAUUGAAUGACAUUGCUGCCUAUUUGGGCAAUUUUCCACUUCUUCAAACACUGUGGACAAGAUUGCCAUCAAAGGUUCCCUUUCCAAUAGUUGCUGCUGAACAGUUUCUUUCAAAAUGUGUGACCUGUAAGCUCAUGCACAUGCCUCUAACAUUAUUGAUUAACUGAUUAUUGGUUGAUUUUAUUCUUAUUUAUAUUAUUAGCAAAAGACACUAGGAGUGGUUAUAUACACGUCAUGUUCUUGUUUAAGAAGGAAGAACAAUGUCACCCUUUUCAAGUUCUCCUGAGUUGCCCAUACUCAGCUGCCGCUUCAACAAGGUAAAGAAUAUUCCUUCAGCUUUAAGCCAUAGUGCAAAAUUAUUGGUCUAUAAAUAAGGCCAGUUGAGUCAUAUCUUUCUUUUUCAUUCCGCGAAUGAUGAAAGUUAUUUUUAGAAAUAGAUCAUUCACUCUUAUAUUUGCUUGUACAUUAAUUUUAGUAUUGCUAUGAUUAUAAUGAUACUUAGCAGUAAGAUAAUGUAUCUAUAUAUAUGUACCUGCGAGAAUCACAAAUUUGGCUUGACUAGAAUGAAUGAUAUUAGGUAGCUACUUGAUAUUCUAUACCUGCCAUAACUGUUUAACUCCCAAGAUCUGAUUGUUAAUAAUUCUCCCCUCUAGCAGCUAAACAUUUCCCUUUAAAUUAGUAAUAAGAAUUCCUAAGGGUUAGAUAAAGAUAACAACUUCUACCUGAUAAGUUUGAGUAUUCUCAUAACUCAUUUGGUGGACAGUGUUUGGAUAUAUUAGGGAGAAGUUACAUGUUAAUCUCUUCUGGGAGUUAAAGGGUUUAAUAGAAGGAAGUGGUUAACAAUCGGAGGUCCCUGGUUCAAAUGGAUAUUUGCCUCAAAUGGAUGGGCCUCCUACCAGAUUUGAUUGAUGUGACAAAAAGUUAUUAUUAUUUUUUAUUAAUAGGAGGAAUAACAAUCACAUAAUUAUGCCUAAUGGAUGGAGAUGAUUGAUGUCAAAAGACUUUUUGUACAUAUUUUCCCUUUAUUUUUUCAGAAUGGAAGUAAAACAAGAUGAUAUUAGUUAAUUUAGAGCUUGACAUGUUUUAAGUUUAACUCUUUAAUUCUCAUGAUCUGUUUGUCCAUUCUCCCCUCUACAGGUCAACAGGGAAACCAACAUUGUAUGAUGUCCUUGGUGUAUCAGAAAAGGCUACACUUGGAGAAAUAAGAGAUGCUUUUAUUGCAAAAUCUAAAGAGGUGAUGGGACUGUCUGGGUCAUUAAACAGUAAAUUAAACUAGAUUUGUUCAGGAAAGUGGAAUUAAUGACAGAGACUUACCAGACAGCAGGCCACUGUAAUUGUACAUGUUUGCAGCAUUCAAAGCUGGAACCAGUUUACCAUGAAAAAAAAAUGUUUGGCAAGUAAAUGUGCUAGGAAAGUCACCAAUUUUAACAAUUUUACCAACAUUGACCAAUUUUCAUGCUUUUUUUGUUUCAUUUGGGGGCCAAGUUAUGAUUUUAGCUGGCCAAAUAGAAACUUUGAAAGGCCUUCUGUGAUAUACAGCAUAAUUAAGGCCAAAUAUGUGUGACAUGAAUUUUACAGAAAGGAAAGCAUGAUUUGUAACAUGAACCAGCGUGAGACGUGCUUUGCCUUCUUCUUCUGAAAUAUACAUGAACUGGGAAUUUUUCUUUUCAUAUUAUAAAAACCUCAAGAUUUCCCUGAAACCUUGUAAGUAAGAAGAUAGAUUUAAAGUUGUCCUUUUACAAAUUCAUGCAUGAAACAGAAUCAAGACCUUCCUUUCACAACUCUCGUUACACAUGUGAUGAUACACUUAAGUCAGUAACAAAUUUCUCACAGACAUAUUCAUUUUUAUUUAUAGAUGCAUUUUUUUCAUUAGUUCACUGGCACAUGCACAUUUACAACACAUUUACUGAUUUUUUUUUUCUUUUUUCUACAUGUAAAUCAGUCACACCCAGACAAGAAUCCAAAUAAGCCAGAACUCCAUGAAAGAUUUGUGCAGGUAAAUCUUGUUUUGCUUUUGGACUAAGUGAGGUACAGUUUAAGGUCUUCAUGAUCAAGCCCAGCCACUUAUGGGUCAGAGUGGGUGUUAGUGUUCUUGGGCAGAACACUACAGUCUCACAGGGGUCUGCUCAACUCAGAAUACAAAUAGGGAGAACUAACAUUCUUAUCAUGAUUUGAAGCUCCAAUUAAGAAACAAAUGAGAAUGAAAUUUAAGUCUGUCUAGAAUUGUUCUUAACUCUGAUUCUGAAGGUGAGAAACGUUUUCUGUUUUGGGAAAUUUGAUGCAGGUACUGCUUUUGUUGUCAUUACUCGUACCGUAAACAAUGUUUACAUUUUGAUUUUUGAUCAAACACCUUAAAAUAAGCUUAUAUUAGAGCGGUAUUUGGUAAUGACUUGUAUUGGACAUGAAAACACAAUGCAUAUGAUUUUAGAGAACUUUAUUUUAUUUUUAAAAAUGCAGUCAACAUGCACUUGUUAUUGCUUACCUCAAAUAUGGGCCAUGAUGAUGAUGAUAAUAAUAACAACAAUAAUGAUAAUAAUAAUAAUAAUAAUAAUAAUAAUAAUAGGUAAUUAUUAAGGGAGGCACUUAUCCAUUAUUUAGUGUUUUCUCAAGAAACUUCUCUGUCAAUAACCUUAUUAUCAGAUAAAUUACUGGUCCUCAAAGACAAGAGAAUGGUCUAGAUGUUCCUGGGGACUGGGAAACUGUCAGGAAAACUUUGCAAAAUUCUGGAGGGAAUCUUAUGAGCCACCCUCUGGCUCUAUCAUAUAGCUUUCAAGAAACGAGCCUUGGACCUAGAAGACUUAUGUGUAAAACCUCAUCUUAUUUGAUCACGAAUGUCUGAUAUUUUUUCACGGUAGAUCAACAAUGCAUACGGUAUAUUGAGCAAUGCAAGCCAACGGCGUGAAUAUGAUUUAAAACUAAAAUCCCCAUCAGUUACCAGGCCUCCAGCAGGAAGCCCAUUUGGUCCAGUACCACCCCACCGGUGAGAACCCUUUUUUUUUCUGUAGAAAAGUAGUGUUUAUCUUCCAUUAACAUUCUAUGAAUUAAUAAGAUGCCAAGAAUUUUUGGUAGUUAAAAUUUAUGGUUUAUUUGAAAUAUACUGUGUAACAGUUUCCCACACAAUACUGUAACAUGAAUCUUAGUCACGUCAACUUCAGUUUUGUGGAUCUGAAUUCUUGAAUUUCAUCCUUUCUGGCUAGGCAAUCUGCUCAACAAUAUUAUUAUGACAGAGCCACAAGUCAGUCCAACUACAGGUAAUUUCACAUUUGUUACAAUUAACAUUAUUAUAUGUAAAGGAUCUUAAACUUUUAUUUAGAAAUGACUUAUUUUCAACAUCAAUAAUUUAUUUUCUAACUUACCUACUUUUUAAGUAAGCUCUAUUUGCUGUCUUGAUAUUUUUUAAUAAUGAUGACAACUUUAUGUAAUUAAUUUUAGAAAAUUACUGCUCUGAAAAAUGGCUAGUGUGGGUAUGGCUUAUCUCUUGUAAUGUGGUGACGAGGACAAAAUUUGAAUCACAAAACUAGAAGCUUAGUAGCUCCAAUGUAUUCAUUACCCAUUUUUCCGAGGCCUGAUUGGUUCAUUUUCUGAAACUUAAUGAUAUUUAAUUGCACUCCAGAAUUAUUCCUCAUUUUAAAAGUUUUCAAAGUCACGCAGUUUAUUUUAAAAACUACAGUUCUUGGAGUGUCCAGAAAAAUCUACAUAUGUAUAAUUAAAAACUAUUCACUAAAGUGGGGGUGGCUAGUGUUGGAUAUUUACUGAGUCAUGAAGUGGUGAGGUAAAUAUCUAACACUAACCACCAACAUGGAAGUGAAUAUUUGUUUUGGUGAAAACUAAAACAAUGAGAUAAUAUAACACAAACAGAUGAUUUUGACUCCUUUAAUCCUGCAACAGUUAAAAUAUUUUCAGGUGCAAACCCAGAGUGAGUUGCUUGGAGGUGGAUAGCAAAGGAUAUUUGGAGUUUAAGUAGCCAAUCAGAGAACACUUUCAAUGCUAUCCACUGUCUUAGUAUAUACCAAUGAUAUAUUGUUUUAUCUCCAGACAAAGAAGAGAUUUUGACUUUGUGUACCCAGCUGCCAACUCAUCUAGGAGACAAACGUCUAAUAGGAAGAUUGUUCUUGGUGCACUGGCUUUCAUGCUAAUUGGAGGAGCAGUGGAGUACUUUGUUAUAAGGUAACCAAGAUUUUUCCUUUUCAUUUUUUGUCAAGAUUGCCAUGGACUAUUUUAACAGGGCAAGUAUUUGUAACAUUGUCACUGGUCACUGUUGUCAGAGUUAAGGAAAGUUCCCUGUAGUUUUAACUGUGAGCAUUAUGUUGCAUUUACCUUCAGCUCACGUCAUAGCAAAUACAAGGCUCAUGCUGAAGAGUUAAGUAGACGAAACCAACAGAUUUAUGCUGAAGUGAGAGAAAGAGCAAGGUAGGUCUGCUGAAGAGAAUUCAGGAUUCCUGUUAAUCAUGAUCAACAUUUUGUCACCUCUACAUAAUAAUUACAGUGUAUCAUCAUCACCAAACAAAUUAUGGUGUAAAAUUAAAGGCAGUAUUGUACAUUUUACCACAAUUGGCAGUAAUGUUGCAAUCUGAUUGGCCAAUUUGCUGUUGUCAAUAAGAGUAAAGACAACCCUGCACCCCUCAACAUGUCAUGCAAUGGUCAUGCACAGAAAGAAUUGUUUUAUAUGACCUUGACAUUGUGGUAAAAAACAAACUGACAGUUGCAUGGCUGUGCCUCAUGAAUCUACAACAUUUUGAUAGAUUAAACCGAUGAUAGCAUGGUUCAUGCCCAAACAUGUCUUAAGAAGGUUUCUUCCUGAAUCUGAAUUUAUUUUAAUUAACUCCCAAUAUCUGAUGGGUAAUUCUCUCCUUUAGCUGCAUGACAUUUCCUUGCUAAUUACUAACAAGAAUUUGGUGUUGGAUCAAGAUAACAACUUAUACCUGAUAAGUUUGAGUUAAAUUUUAAUUAAAAUUCCAAGUUACUAUGCUAAACAUGACUAAAAUUAUUUUGUUUCAGAACGAAUGGUCUUAGAAAGCAACUUGAAAUUCUUGUUUCUCAACAUACUGGACUGGAUGGAGUAGCUGCUGCUAAAAGACUUCAGGAGUAUUUUGACCAGGAUGGAAGGGAUUGA